GCUCGGGCGCGCAGCGCACGGGGCCGCGCUGGCGGCUGCUCUUCCUGCCCGGCCAGUUUUCGGCGCGGCCGCCCGGUCUCCUCCAGGCUCCCCCUCCCUGGUCGGCCGCCAGCAGCGGCAGAUACCUGAUACUCGGGUUGUGCAAGCGCGAAGGGGGAGCCUGGCCCUGCCCGGCCCCCGGGAGCCACCCGGAAGGCCGAGCCCUCCCUCCCGCCCGCCGCCCCACCUGCACAGGAGCUUAAAGGCCGCCGGGCGGCCCGAGGCGCAGCGCCGGUCCCGCACCAUGCCCAAGGCCCGCAGCGUGCUCGUCCUGGCGGGGCUCCUGGCUCUCUGGGCAGAGCUGCCGCCAGCACCCGCCCAGAAUGUCACCACAAAAGCCGGCGUGUGCCCAGACCCGGCGACAGAAGCAGUGAACUGCACGGUGGGGUGCCAGUCCGAUGGCGACUGCGAGAGCACCCUCAAGUGCUGCCCGGCGGCCUGCGGCAAGGCCUGCCAGAAGCCCGACGAGAAGCCCGGCACGUGCCCGCCCGUCAGCCCCGGGAUCCCCAUGCUGGGUGUCUGCACAAACCAGUGCAAGUCGGACUCCAACUGCUCCGGGAACCAGAAGUGCUGCAGGAAUGGCUGCGGCAAAGUGUCCUGCGUGACACCACUCCAUUGAGGCACAGCCGCCUCCUGCCAGCCCGGCCACAGGGGAGCUGCUGCCCGACACCAGUCCUGCAUGCCCAGGCCCUGGCCCUGCACCAUCCCCCUGGCUCGGAGCCUUCAGCCUCAUCCUCCUCCCUGGGGUCCCCUGCAUCCUCUCCAAUAAAGCAGCCUCUCCCUGCCA